GCAGGAGAGAUGUGAGAUGAAAGAGUCGAAUACCUAAUAUAUGAUGAUUUGACAUCAACUACAUGUAUUUAUUUUGCUGUUUUACGGAUAUCACCAACAAUAUCUGAAUACCUGCUACGUCUGGCUUGUGCAAACAUCAGCGUAUGUCUUUGGAAGUCCACAGAUAAGAUAAACAUGGCGAAUACUGCAGGACGUAUUGACAACUGGGCGGACAUCUUGGUUCUUGCUAUAUACUUUUUAACUGUGCUAGUAAUUGGAUUAUGGUCAAUGAGGCGAUCAGGUCGUGGGAACGUGAAGAGCUACUUCCUUGCCGGCAGAACAAUGCCUUGGGUAGCGGUAGGUGCUUCCUUAUUCUCAAGCAAUAUAGGAAGCGAGCAUUUCGUCGGUCUCGCAGGAUCUGGUGCCUCGAGCGGGAUUGCAAAUAUUAUGUUUGAAUGGCUGCCGGCAAUGCUUAUUUUAGCCCUUGGAUGGUAUUUCAUCCCAGUCUAUAUAUCAUCAGGGGUGUAUACUUUACCAGAGUAUAUGGAAAGACGGCUCGGUGGAAACAGGAUCCGGAUUUACCUUUCUUGCCUUUCUCUUCUAUUGUCCAUUGUCACCAAACUGGCGGUGAGCAUGUUUGCUGGGUCCCUGUUCUUGCAAAUGGCGACAGGAUGGAACAUGUACGUGUCUGUCAUCAUCCUGCUGGCUAUCACAGGGUUUUACACCAUUCUAGGAGGUCUAACCGCUGUGAUGUAUACAGACACGUUCCAGACAGUCGUCAUGACCAUUGGAGCCUUUGUAUUAAUGGGUGCAGGAAUGAACGAAAUAGGAAGCCUUGAGAAUUUACAGAAACGAUAUCUGAAUUCAUCAGCAACCAUUCAAAUUGCCAAUUCGUCCUGCGGCCUGCCGAGAAAGGAUGCGUUCCACGUGUUUCUAGAUCCUGCUGGAAGCGAACAACCAUGGCCAGGUCUUGUCGUUGUUGCUUCCCUUGGAUGUGUCGCCUAUUGGUGCUGUGAUCAGAUAAUUGUACAACGAUCACUCGCAGCGAAGAAUAUUGAACAUGCUAAAGGUGGAUCGGUCUUGGCGGCUGCCCUGAAAAUUCUGCCACUGUUUCUGAUGAUAUUUCCUGGAAUGAUCAGUCGAGUGUUAUUUCCAGAUGAGGUUGCCUGUGUCGACCCCGACGAGUGCAUGAGGAUUUGUGAGAAUCCAGUGGGAUGCUCUAACAUCGCUUACCCUAAAAUGGUCUUGGAACUUCUUCCGAAUGGACUAAGAGGUUUCCUGAUGGCUGUUAUCCUAUCCGCCAUCAUGAGUUCCCUGACUUCCAUCUUUAACAGUUCCAGUACGUUGUUUACCAUGGAUCUGUGGCGACGAUUUCGUCCAUUAUCGACCCAGAGAGAAUUGCUAAUCGUCGGCAGAAUCGUCAUUUUGUUUAUGUGUGCAAUCAGCAUUGUCUGGCUACCUCUGAUCAAGGGGUCACAGGGAGGUCAACUCUUUAAUUACAUUAAUAUGGUACAAGCUAAUCUGAUGGCGCCUGUUGGUCCGGCGUUUAUGAUGGCUAUACUUUGGAAACGAACAACUGAAUUGGGUGUGUUAGGCGGUUUGAUAAUCGCACAUGUUUGCGGCAUGAUUCGACUCGUGCUUGAGUUUACCUAUCCUGCCCCAGGUUGUGGCGAACCGGAAACGAGACCACCUGUGCUAUACAAAGUACAUUUCCUGUAUUUCGGAACCUUUCUUGUCUUACUGACUCCCUUGGCUGUUGCUGCCAUAAGCAUGUUCACACCAGGAAAGACUGAAAAAGAGUUAGAGGGAUUGACAUGGUGGACACGCGUUCAACCAAUUGUGAAAUCGGAAGAGAAAGAGGACGGUGACAUUGAGGAAGAGAGUUUCUCACCCAUUGCGAAAGAUGACAUGGCACCUAAAAUUAAAUAUGAUAAAUCUUGUGUAUCGGAUAACCAAAUCGUGCAGAGCAGCACAGAUGCUGACAAUCUUGAAGAAGAUUCCAUUUCCGAGAUCGAAAGCGAGGGAAUGAUAUGGACAGAGAAAACCAUAAUGUUCUUAUGCGGGAAACCUGAAAAAGGAAGGGAGAUAGCUGUGAUGACUUUACCUCAGAAACAAACGUUUAUGAGAGAACGAUCAGGAUGCCGAUGGAUGUUAAACACUAGUGCCAUUCUCGUUAUGGGAGCAAUCAUGUUUUUGUUAGGUUAUUUUGCAUAGACCGAACUAGUCAUAUGAUGUAAGGUUUAUAGGUACGCCAUGAUAGCGUAGAUCUUCAAUUUUGCGGGGGGAAUAUUUCGCGGUUGACAUUCCAAAUCGGACCGGCAGCUGUGCAUUGUAAAAUUCUGCAAUUAACAUCUAUAUAAAUCAUGUACAUUUGUUUGUAUAUAUAAAUACUCGAUUGGUAUUCAUUUUGCGCUGUCUUUAACGACCGCAACAUAGCAAAAUUAUAUCUCUCGCAGAUAUUACUCACUAUUGAGGUCAAUUUAUUGUAGGACCCAAUUAAUGAUUCUUUGAGUCAUCUGUUAUAUGUUAUUUGGAAAUUUUAAAAACAUCUCAGAAGGAAACUAAUUUUUGUUGUUAUUGCACGGGAAAAUUAAUGGACUUUAUAUUCACUGACCAUUUGAAUUAUGCGUUUAAAUGAGAUUAAUUUUAAGAUAAACGUUGAUUAUUAUUUACUAACAUACUACAAAAAUUUCCCAAUGUCGCUUCUUAAUCACUCCAUUUCUUAUAGCCUGAAGGUUAAAUUAUGUCAAUCAAUAUCUGAUAUCAUCAAUAUUUCAUAUUUGCUUCUUCAAAUAUCAAAAAAAAAAAAAAAUAAGCUAAAAAUAUAAAAUUCAUCUCAGAAUUGUCAAAAAAUUAAAUAAAAAAAACCCAAAUAUAAUAAUUAGGAAAUGGCAACAAAAGUAUGGCUGCUAUAUAUUUCCAUCUGCUGUAGCCUAACUAUUAGUCGAGAAUAGAAUAAUCUUAAUUUCAUAUCACUUAUGUAUAGAAGUAGAUAGUGCAUACAUGUGUAAUAGAGGAUAUCUAACAGUGUCUUCAGUAAUACCAAAUAUAUUUCACGAGUGGGGCUAAUAUUUUGAUAUUUUU